AUGGCGUUCCACUUCUGGUGUAGUGUGUUCUUCGGAGUGUGGAGUUCCUGCCGGGCCUUCAAUAUUGAUGCAGGGUUUACGUGCAGGGCAUCCAGCAAUGAAUAUGCCUGCGCUUUUGCGCUUGACCGCAACCUAACUUCAGCAUGGGCAUCAGACGGCCGAGCACCACAGUGGUUGGAAGCACGAAUAGCAGACGGAAGCUAUGCAACGCUGGGAUCGUAUGCUGUGACCGCUGUGCUGGGCCGUGCAGACCUGGCACCAACAGCUUGGCGCCUGGAAGGGGUCGAACCAGGCACGCCCACGCAGCGCCAGAUCCUGGACGAGGUGCAUGACAAGGUGUGGCAAGAAGGUACAACUCACAUCAGGGACCUUGGAGGCUUCAGCUCUUGGAGAAGCUACAUGCUGACCAUGUUGGCUGGCACUGGUACACAGGUGGCCAUUGCAGAGCUGCAACUGAUGCCAAAGAUGGGCUACGCUUUCGAAAUCUCUCACUGGACAACAUGCUCUGCGACAUGUGGUGGCGGCUCGCAGCAGAGGACAGUGGUUUGCAAAGGAGAUGACGGAGUGAGUUACAGUGACAAUCGCUGUACAACCGGAGAACCUCCAGCAAGGUCGCGUGCGUGUGGAACUUCAAUUUGCGCUUGUCAGGGGGGUGCGGCUUGCAGUGCCGCCAGCUGCAGCACUUCCAGCGCGGCAACAGCAGAUCUAGGCUGCGGCGUGCUCCUGGAUGGGGCCACGCUCACAGCAUGGACGUCAGCUGGCCCAGCCCCUCAGUGGCUCUCACUCGAUUUGGGCAAGGUCAGACAGCUGGAAGCCUUCUCGCUGACAGCUGGUGAGUGCACCAUCUGUACAUCCUUGCAGGGUCCAUCAAUGAUAUCUCUGGAUGCAACCAGUUCUGGGACUGGGAACACUGGAUGGCUCGAGCUGCGCCCUGCGUUCAGUGUGGGUGCGGUUUGGUCAUCAGGAGAGACACGCAGGUGGAAUCUCCCUGAGGGGACAAGCUCCUUCCGGUUCUGGCGUUUCAAUUUCUUGGAAACAUUUGGGGGCAGCUCAUACCCCGUACACGUGGCUGAGGUUGGUUUGUUUGCGCCUCCGAGCACCUACCGGCUUGUCAUUGGUAGUUGGGGCAGCUGUGAGCCAGUUGGUGGCUCCGGUGCUUGUGGCCUCGGAGUCAGUAGGCGUGUAAUCACCUGCUUCGAUGAUGAGGACUACCCCCAACAACUGGAGCUAUGUGAGAAUGGACUGGAGACCCCAACACAACAGGGAUGCACCGUGGACUGUCCAGAGCUUGUGGUGUCCAAAGUCUACGGGCAUCCGAACUUCUUUGGGAUUCUGAGGGUGGAGCUGACAUCGCAGUGGAUGGCGAGAGUCCGCUGUGCUGCUUUCAAGGCACCGCUGGGGUCAUGGGAUCCAAGCUCUGCUGAUUUGGAUGUAGCCUUGCAUGCGGGUAUUGGGACGUCAGAUGCAAGCAAUGGGACGGCGGAUGUGGAGGGCAUCCAGGUCUAUGACUUUGCUGGUGAGGAGUUCGAGGUUCGAUGCAAAGUGGUGGGAGGCGAGCAGAUCUUCGGUAAAGGUCGCCGAGCAGUUCUGCGCCCAGUUCCCAGCUUGAUGGGAUGCUACGCGGAUCGCCCAGCCGAUCCAGAUUUGCCGGAAGAGCGUGGCAACCACGCUCAGGUGUCAUGUGCCGAUGCCUGUUUUGGGUUCCGCUUUUUCGGGCUUCAGUUGCGAGGGAAGUGUGGCUGCGGAAACGAGUAUGGUCAGUAUGGUGAACAGAGGCCAAACUUCUCCGCUGGAAUUCCAGGCUGCGAUUGCAAUGGUCCUUAUUUCGCAUAUCACGCCAAUUGCGUUUGGGAACAAACAAGCGGUCGAUUCGGUGAAGAAACGAUGUUGCCUUUGCGGACGCAGUCUGUUACGACCACAUCUGCCGAGAUGCUAGUACCCGCGGACAGGAAUACUCGCCUUCGCUGCAAUGUCACCGCUGAGACCACCAGCACAGCUCCGCAAACCUCGGCCGUCUGCACUAGCACAGGCUGCACCCUGUCCAUGACAAAUCUGUCACCGUCAACAACUUACACGGUGUCAUGCGAAGCUGAAGCAGAUGCACGGCACCGAAGCAAGCGGCUGGCCACGCUGUUGAUCCGAACACAGGAUCCAGACAUCCCACCUGCAACACCGGCGCCUACGCGAUCACCGCUUGAUCUCUCUGAGCCCGAGUAUGUCCUAGAGAGCACAGCAGCUCCCAUACACCGCACCGCGCAUGGAAACCCUCCCUGGGCUUGGUUGCCAUUAGCAGGUGUUGCCUUGGCAUGCUUCUCGCUCUUUCCUGCAGUUCAGUGUUGCGGUAGUGGGAAGCGCGGAGCUGUGCUUCAAUCUCUGGAACUUCCGCAUACAUUUUGGCUGGUUUGGGAAUUGCUAUUGGUAGCAGAUAUUGCACUGGGGGCUUUGUUUCUGCUCGAUCUGUUGAACGGUCGUCACGAGCUCGAAGCGCCUUUUUGGGAUGAGCUUAGCCUAUGUCAAGCUGCUGUCCUGACAUAUCAGGCCUCAAUUCAUGGCCUUUCGUUCUUGUUCUUUGGAUUCCUUCCUUCUGCAAUGCGUUGCCUUGCUCAUGAGCUGGGGAGAGAUCGUCCAGGGCACAACUGGACCCUUCUUCGGCACAAGGGAAGGCAACACCGUGGCACAGUCAAGGCCCAGAAGUCUGCUUUGCCACCUGAGCUGGAUGCGGAGCAAAAUCCAUCAGCUCUACACUAUCUUCCACCAGCAUCGAUGCUGGCUGUCUGCAGGGCUAGCGAUCAUGAUAUGCAAAUGGUCGUGCCCAAAAAGCUGUCCAUCAACAGCGUCCACUUGUUCGCCAGUGCGGUGCAAGCAGCCUGCGCGGCUUUCUAUUCAUCUCGUUCCUGGCCAAUGCAAGCCUCCCUAGGAGCAAGCAUUGCCUGCUUAUGUACUUUUCUAGGAAUGGGCGUCUUCGCGUCCUUAGCACUGGUGCGUGUGCAUCUGGUCAAAAAAGAGGGCCUUGUACAGCUGGAUGUCAGGGAAGCACAGGCUUCCCAACGCUUUGUGGCAGCUGGCAAAUCUGCAGCGCUGCCACCGAGAGUUGGCCUGCAGGGGCCAAGAGGUGCCAGGCCCCUGGGCAAAGCCCAAGUCCAUGGCAGAACCUGA